AUGGCUUCUCCCUUCGACUCGGCAGACUUCGCCCUCCCGGGCUCGAUUGCAUACUCGCGUUCUCGCGGCAGGGCUAUCGCUGCCUCUAUUGGGGCGCAGGAUGUCCGUGGCCAGUGGGUUCAUUAUGUCCACACUGCUGAACGUCUACCCGAAUUCCAGCAGGACGUCCUCCAACAGCUUCUCAGCUACGGCGAUAUCACCGAUAUUCCACCCUCGUUUACCGCGGAAGAUGGCGAAUUCGAUGUCUUUUAUGUCUUCCCUCGAACCGGGACUAUCUCCCCGUGGAGCUCGCAAGCCACCGGUAUCGCUCAUGUCUGCGGCUUGAGGAAAUACGUGAAACGCAUUGAGCGCGGUAUCAAGAUCUCUUGUCUGCGGCCCGCGUCUGGAGAAUACAAGCCUGGUUUCAAGGACGUCCUUCACGACCGUAUGACGCAGUUGAUCAGCGAGACUGAGCCCGACCUGCACCUGAUGUUCUCCGAGCACAGUCCCUUGCCUCUCGAGACUAUCCCGCUUAGCGGUAGUGAUAAGUCGCCUAAGGAGGUUUUGCAGGAGGCGAACAAGCGGAUGGGACUGGCGUUGGAGGAAUCCGAGAUUGAAUACCUUGCCGCCGCCUACGGGCCUGACGGCCCGCUCGCUCGUGAUCCGACUGACGUUGAGCUAUUCAUGUUUGCCCAGGUUAACUCGGAACACUGCCGUCACAAACAGUUCAACGCCUCCUGGACGAUUGACGGGAUGGAGAUGCCAAACAGUCUCUUCUCCAUGAUCCGAAACACUCACAGGAAGAACCCUGAAUUCACCGUGAGCGCAUACAGCGACAACGCCGCCGUCCUGCAAGGGUUCGACUCCUCCUUUUGGGCCCCCGAUUCUGUUACUGGGGAGUGGAACCACACCAAGGAGAUUGUCCACUUCCUCGCCAAGGUGGAGACUCACAACCACCCCACCGCGGUCUCGCCCUACCCUGGCGCUGCCACUGGUUCUGGAGGUGAGAUCCGUGACGAAGGCGCUGUCGGACGCGGUUCCAAACCCAAGGCCGGUCUUGCUGGCUACUGUGUGUCUGACCUCCUCAUCCCGGGCUUGAAACAGCCCUGGGAAUUGGAUAUCGGCAAGCCCAACCACAUCGCCAGCGCGUUGGACAUUAUGCUGGAGGCACCGAUUGGAAGUGCGGCUUUCAACAACGAGUUCGGUCGGCCUUGUAUUACGGGUUACUUCCGUACUCUGUUGACGGAGAUUGAUAUUGGGGACGGAGAGAAGGAGGUCCGUGGAUACCAUAAGCCUAUCAUGAUUGCCGGUGGUGUUGGCACAGUCCGGCCUCAGCAUGCGAUCAAGAAGCCAGAUGCCGUCAAGCCCGGCUCGUAUCUUGUUGUUCUUGGUGGCCCUGCUAUGCUCAUUGGUCUGGGUGGCGGUGCGGCUUCUAGUAUCACCUCUGGUGAAGGCUCUGUUGACCUCGACUUUGCCAGCGUGCAAAGAGGCAAUGCCGAAGUGCAACGCAGAGCACAGGAAGUAAUCAACGCAUGCACAGCAAUGGGCGACAACAACCCCAUCAAGUUCAUUCACGACGUCGGUGCUGGUGGUCUCUCCAACGCCCUGCCCGAAUUGAUCCACGACUCCGGAUUGGGCGCUAAGUUCGAGCUCCGUGAAAUCGACAGCGCCGACCGAAGCAUGAGCCCCAUGCAGAUCUGGUGCUGUGAGGCACAGGAACGAUAUGUCAUGGCUGUUGGCGAGGAGGGUAUGAACAAGUUCACGGCUAUUUGCCAUCGUGAGCGUUGCGGUUUCUCUGUCGUUGGUCGUGGAGAGGGUGGUUCAGAGGAGGAGAAGAGAUUGAUCCUUCUCGACCGAGAGUCGAAGGAGCACCCAACCGUCAUCGACCUACCCCUGUCAGUGCUUUUCGGAAAGCCCCCAAGAAUGACCCGCACGGUGGACUCUCGGAAGUUGAAGCUGCCUGCAGUAGAUACGAGUCUUACCACAUACCUCCCCUCGCUGGCGCCUAACCGCGCGGAGCUUAUUGGCGAAGCUGCCAACAGGGUUCUGUCGCUUCCUGCCGUUGGCUCCAAAUCUUUCCUCAUCACCAUCGGUGACCGUACAGUUGGUGGUCUCACUGCACGCGACCAGAUGGUCGGGCGAUGGCAAACUCCCGUAUCUGACGUUGCUGUCACCGCGACAGCUCUUGUUCAGGGUGCGAAGACUGGUGAGGCUAUGGCCAUGGGUGAGAAGCCCACGCUUGCCCUCAUCUCUCCUGGUGCAUCUGCUCGCAUGGCCGUUGCUGAGUCACUUAUGAACAUUGCCGCUGCUGACCUUGUCGAUCGGCUAAGCCGCGUCAAGCUCUCUGCUAACUGGAAAGCCGCCAGCAGCCACCCUGGAGAGGGUGCUGCUAUCUACGAGGCAGUGGAGGCUAUUGGUAUGCACCUGUGCCCCGAGCUUGGUAUCAGCAUUCCCGUUGGCAAGGACUCUAUGUCCAUGAAAAUGAAGUGGAAGGAUGAAUCGGGUGCAAAGGAAGUCACCGCACCUAUGUCUCUUGUUAUUUCCGCGUUCGCGCCUGUAGAGAACUUCCGCAAGACCUGGACUCCUGCUCUCCGCCAUCCCGAAGACGUUGGCGACACUGUGCUCAUGUUUGUCGACCUUUCGCUCGGACGUAAGGCCAUGGGCGGUUCUGCUCUUGCACAGGUCUUCAACCAGGUUGGUUCAGAGUGCCCUGACAUCCGCAAUGUUGAGCUGUUCAAGGACUUCUUCGAUGCCACGCAGCAGCUGCAGGAAGCCGGAAUUGUUCUGGCUUACCACGACCGAUCGGACGGUGGUCUCUUCACCACCCUCGCUGAGAUGAUGUUCGCCGGCCGUUGCGGUGUUGAGAUCCUGCUUGACAACAUCUGCCCCAACCUCGAUACCAGCAGCUUCAUCGAGACCCUCUUCAACGAAGAACUCGGAGCAGUCUUCCAGGUCCGCAAGGAGCACGAGAUGCAAUUCCGAUCCUGCUUCGCUACCUGCGGUCCUCCUGCUGGUCUUAUCCACAAGAUUGGUCGCGUCUCUGAGAGACCCAAGCAGAACCUCGCAAUCUACUACAAGGCCAGCCAGGUCUACCGCAACACCCGCGCCAACCUCCAGCAAACGUGGGCCUCUACCUCCUAUCAUAUGCAGAGGAUCCGCGAUAAUGCUGCCUGCGCGGAUCAAGAAUACGCCAAUAUUCUCGACGACACCGACCCUGGUCUCUCUUGGAACCCAACCUUCGACCCCAAAGACCGCGCCCUCCCCUUCCUCACCAGCCUCACCUCCAUGUCCCCCUUCGCCAACAAGCCGCGCGUCGCGAUUCUCCGCGAACAAGGUGUUAACAGCCAAGCCGAGAUGGCCUUCGCCUUUAACACCGCUGGCUUCGCCGCCAUUGACGUCCACAUGACAGACAUCAUCUCCGGUCGCGUCUCCCUCUCCAGCUUCGUUGGUCUCGCCGCCUGCGGUGGUUUCUCCUACGGAGACGUCCUCGGCGCCGGCCAAGGUUGGGCCAAAUCAGUGCUCCUCCACGAUAACACCCGCGCCGAGUUCCAGUCCUUCUUCAACCGCCCCGAUACCUUCGCCCUGGGCGUCUGCAACGGCUGUCAAUUCCUUUCCCGCCUGUCCUCGCUCAUCCCUGGCGCCUCAAACUGGCCUACCUUCGAACGCAACGCCUCCGAGCAGUACGAAGGCCGCGUUGCUAUGGUCCGCAUCUCCGAUCCCGACCCGUCCAACCCUUCUGUCUUCCUCCACGGCAUGCACGGCUCUUCCUUCCCCAUUGCCGUUGCACACGGCGAAGGUCGCGCCUCCUUCACGGCCUCCUCUACAGACCCAGCUUCCUUCGUCGCUCAGGGCCUGGCGCCGGUGCAGUGGGUCGACAACGCUACACUCAAGCCCACCAUGAAGUACCCUUUUAACCCCAACGGUAGUCCCGAGGGUAUUGCUGGUAUUCGCAACGCAAAUGGUCGUGUCAUGGCCAUCAUGCCACAUCCUGAAAGGACCGUUAUGAACGGUAUUGCGAGCUGGUUGCCGGCCAAGGCAGAGGAGUGGGGUGAUAUUGGGCCAUGGGGACGGAUAUUCUUCAGCGCGAGACGGUGGGUUGGUUAG